AAGAAGUCAAAACUGCUGGCAAGCACGGUUUUGAAAACGCAGUUACAGAUACGAAGAAGAAGUUGAGCUAAAACCUUCACGAUGACCCUGGAGCCGUUACGGUCGACUACGUACAUCAGACAAGUAGAGGAAACGUCCCUUGCUGUCCCGUCGGAUAACAAGUUGCGUUCCGGACAGCAACGCGUCCAGGAACAAGUUCACACCAUGAACAGAAGCAGGUCUAGGUACAGCAAAAGUGGAUCAGGAUCACUUUCUCCAACAAGUCCUCAGAGCCAAAGUGUGUUCAGUGAAUUUCGGGCCUUCAAGUUCUCUCCAGCCACACUCAAUGGAAGCAUCUUUUCUAGGGGAAGUUCCAGUGGAAUGAAUGGCUACAUGAAAUCGGUCCGCCCCCAGCAGAGCUUUCCUCCUAGCUCAUUCCCUGGGAAGGGCAACACCAUCAGAAGAACCAUUAGCACAUCCAGCCAAUGGGAGAAGAGAUUCUUUCCUGUCAGCCCUGGUCCUGGUGGAGCCCCUGGUGGCCGACCGCCAGCCCGCGCCAACGGCCUGAAGCCCAGCCGCAGCGAACCGGACCUGGUCCCUGUUUCCAUAGUAAUGCAACCGAGCUUCUCCAACCACCGCUCCCAACACAAAAGGUUAAGCAAUGGCAUCAGCCAGGUCCUGGGCAACAGCUCUGGCCAGUUUGUCAGGAAUGGCUCCCAAUUUGUCAAGAAUGGCUUCUCCCAAUACGUCACUAGCCAAACUCCUGUCACUGGGGCACCAUCCAACCUCUGCAACACAGAGUCUAAGCUAUCCAUUCCCAAAUUAAAGAGUGAGCCUAUUGGAGUGAACUCAGAUGGAAAAAAUGCUGACAUCACCAUGAAGGAGGCGGUGGAGUAUCUGUCCAGCCAGGAUGAAAACUACCAGCACUGUGGGGCAUCCUUCAUCCAGCACAGCGCCUUUAAAGACAGCAGUGCCAAGCAAGAGGUGUUCCGACUGAAGGGGAUCCCCGCACUGGUGGCCCUUCUCCGGAGCCCCAGCGCCCAGGUUCAGGAGACGGCCUCUGCCGCCCUCCGCAACCUGGUGUUCAAAGAUGACAGCAACAAGCAGGAAGUGCAGCGCUGUGGCGGCAUCGCUGAGGCCUUGUUACUCCUUAAGGAAGCUGACUCCUCCGAGACGCAAAAGCAGCUGACAGGUCUCCUGUGGAACCUGUCCGCAGAGGACAGCCUGAAGCCAGAGCUGGUCGGGAGUGCCCUGCCGGUCCUCACAGAGAGCAUCGUGGUGCCCUUCACUGGCUCGGCAGAGCAGAGGGCCAACAACAACCUGGACCCUGAAGCCUUCUACAAUGCCACUGCCUGCCUGCGAAACCUAAGCUGUGCGAAGAAGGGCAAUCGGCAGGCCCUGAGGAACUGCCGUGGGCUAAUCGAUUCCCUGGUCAGCUAUGUCCAGGCAUGCGUGGCUGCGGACCGACCAGAUGACAAGUCGGUGGAGAACUGUGUUUGCGUGCUGCACAACCUGACAUACCAGCUGGAGACGGAGGCGCCCUCCCACUUCAGCAAGAUCACGGCCCUGGCAGGGUCUCCCGCCAGGAGCUGUGCCCGCAGGCCGUCUUCGUCCUCGGUGGGCUGCUUCAGUCAGCAGAGCAGCAAGGUCCCGCAGGAGACCCACUUUGACUAUCCAGUGAUUGAGGACAGUAACCCCAAAGGCUUGGGCUGGCUGUUCCACUCCAAAACCAUGCAGACCUACCUUUCUCUCCUGAGCUCCAGCCAAAAGAACGAUACACUGGAAGCCUGUGUAGGGGCUCUGCAGAACCUGACCACCAACAAGGGAAUAGUGUCCAACGUGAUGAGCCAGACCAUAGUCCAGAAGCUGAAUGGCCUGCAGCACAUCUCGCCCCUCCUGCAGGCCUCCAACAGAAGCCUCCAGAGCAAGGCCACGGGAUUGGUGGGGAACCUCUCCAGGAACUCACAGCUCCACAGCAGCAUGGCCCGGCAAGUGCUCCCACAACUCGUCGGCUUCCUUAAUUCGGCGGCUAAGAACCAGCCGGAUUCUGACGAUGCCAUGGCGACGGCCUGCAAGACUGUGGGCACCCUCCUGGUGGCAGAGCCUGACAUGGGCAAGAAAGUGGUUAACAACACCUUCAUUAACUUGCUCAAUGAAAUCAGCAGAAACAUUUACUUCCCACAGGCCAGCAAAGCUGCAGCCCUCCUGCUCUAUGGUCUCUGGGCAGAGAAGAAUUUUCAAGGUUUUCUAAAAAAGCAAGGAAUGCAAAAGGGCUCCUUUGUGAAUGACAUCACCACGUCUGCCCACAAGUCAGUGCAGGUCAUUUAGUGGAAAAGAUGCCUGAGACAAUGCUGAAGACCGGGAGCCGACAUAUUGAGACACUGACACAAAGAGCGGGAUACACAGCCAUGGCAGGAGAUCCAAUAGCACUGUAGUAUUUCUACGUACGAGCUGAAUGUAUUUUUUUAUGUUUUUGAGGUUUGUUGUAGUAUUUUCUGUGUUCUUGCACUUUGUUACCUGACAAAACAUUUUUAUCUGACAUUCUUUUAAAAUACCUUAAACUACAGAAGAUUUCUGAAAAUGUUUUUAAGAUGGCAAAGGUGAUUUUAAGAUGUAGGUUAAAGUGUUAUUAAGGUUAAAUAGCAACUGCAGUGACUGUCAAAGUUGAUUAAAUAGUCUUUCUGGCUGUUUAAUUCUUGUAUGCGACCAAAUGAAGACAUGAUUAGCACAAUUCUUCAACAAGAGAUCAUGUGUAUCACAAUUGCUAAAACAUUAUUUUUCUUUCCUGCCGUAUAUCACUCUCCAGUGUUAAUUGUUUGCACAAUAUUCAUUUUCCUAAAAGUAAAAUGCAACUUGAUAUCACCAAAACUAAAAAUAUACUUUUUUAAGCCAGUUUCUGGGAACUUGUGUUAAACAUGAAUGGGCUAAAGGUCAUUGAAUCUGGCUCACUACUUCAUGGAAACACAACUCACAAUAUCAACCCAAUGACGUUUCAGACAAGCAGCAUUAACCUCCUGACAUUUUUAGGAGCAUCUACUGUUGCUGUUUGGCAGUUGUUUUAGUUUGAUUUGCUUAC